AAUAUGAGCAAUCAAGACGUGGUUGUUUUGAAUGUGGGAGGCAUGACAUUUACAACAUGGGCUCCUACCCUGCAGCAGUUCCCAGAGUCUAGGUUAGCACGGAUGUUGAAUGGCAGUGACCGUGAUUUCAGACUGAUGAAUGGGCAGUUCUUUGUGGAUAGAGAUGGAGUUCUGUUUAGUUACAUCUUGGACUUCUUGAGGACUCUUCAGCUGUCACUGCCCACUAACUUCUCCGACUAUCAGAGGCUACAAAGAGAAGCAGAUUUCUAUGAACUCAACUCCUUGGCUGAAAUCCUGAGCCAGGAAAACUUGCUAAAGCCAAGACUAGAGAUAUUGGAAGUUCGCUUCUUGCUCCAGGAAACUCAGGCUUUUAUACGGAUCUUUGGUUCUUGCAGCAGCACUAUUGAAGAACUGGCUGGGCGGAUCAGUAUGUUUACAGAGCAGCAAUUGGGACAGGGCUGGCACAAUAACUCUUUCCCUCCCCAGAGGCCCCUAAAUCCAGUUCCUCUGGAAAGACCUUCUCAUCAUGACCUGGUUUUUCAAUGUGGCACAGACUACUCUGUUGCUGACCAGCUUGUGACAAGGUAUGUUUCCAUAAAACCUGAUGCUAGGAAGCUGAUUAAUGGAACUAAUGUAUUAGGCCUGCUUGUUGACACUUUACUUAAAGAAGGAUUUCAUCUGGUAAGCACCAGAACUGUCUCCAGUGAAGAAAAAGUUGAAUGCUACAGCUUUGACAGGAUGAAGAGAGCAGAAGGCCUUGCUAUCACUGUCAGCCAAAACCCAGAAAGUGCUGGUAUAGCACAGAUAAAGAGAAGCCAAGUGCAGAAACGGAAAUAAAAUCUCUCCUUUAGCUUUGCUACUGCCCUUUUAAAAAGGGGAAGGGGGGUGUGUUUGUGUGUGGGUGUACGCAUUAAUAAUAAUUCUUUUGCUAUUCAGGGAGGUAACAAAAAUAUUUUGGAGGGAGGGGAAGAGUAGUUUUCUUUUUCCUCUGCUUUUUACUUUUUCAGCAGAGACUAUCAGCUGUAAAGAAACUUUUAAAUAUGACAAUAGCAGGAGAACUAAUAAUAGACAAAUUCAACAGAAUCACUCUUUUUCCUUUACAGCAUGUUAUAUAAAUGGUUGGAGAAAUGUAAAUCUAAAUGAUCUAUUCUAAAAAAAUUAGAUCAUCUAAUCUGAAUUAUAUUUCUGCCUGCAAAAAGAACAUCCAUGUUGCUAUGCAUUUUUACAAACAUUUUUGCAGUUAGUUGAAAUCAAUAUAAUUGUGACAUUGCAAAUGAUGCCCUAGUCCCACUUCCUGUAUGUGGUGUAGUAAAACUACCACUGACACACUGUAUAUAACCGAUCUUCGCUCUGGAUAGUGCCUCAAGAGGAGCUAUUAAUCUGUCUUCCAGUACCAUGAGCUUAUUUAUUAUGGUCAUACUGAAAAAUGCCUGCCAGGUAAUGUAUGGGAGGCCCUGAUAGAAGAUCAAUUAAUUAGCUUUCCAUUUAUAGAAGGGAAGAGAGACCACAUAGCUAUUCAGAAGGAGGCAAGCUAGAAUAAUUAUACAAGUAAAAUAAUUCAAAGACCCUUUUUGGUACCUACAAAGGGUAAAAUAUUGUUUUUACCAAGUCACCUUCACUGGUUUUUACUUCUUCACUUUCCAGGGCACCAAGGGAUCAGAUUAUAUCAGAAUUUAGCCUCUCGUAGCUUUUAAUUUAUGAUGGCAUGUGAUAGCCCUGGGAUUGCAAGACAGUGGCAGGUUCUAGGUCCAUCUGUUUCUCCCACCUUCAUGAAAUGGCCAUCAUGUAUAAUUAGUGCCACUAUCCCUUUAAUUCUUCCUUUCUGAUGUGUACCUGUGCCGUGGGAUGUGUGCGAAGGUGGAUGAGUUGCUAAGGAUGUCAUAUUUUUAUGACAGUGAUGCGAAAGAGUUGCAUCAUGGAAUAGGAUCCAGCCCAGUAAGUUGCUACAGCUAAGAGGAGGACGUUAUCAAGUCUCUAAGAAAUCAAAGACUGUUGGAUAGUCAUGUCUAUCUGUUUCCUACAAUAUAAGGUUUCCUGAAGACUGCAACCUAUACUUUUGAAUAUUACAUUAACUGUUUCUUAUGGACAUAAUCAUGUAAGAGGCCCAGUAACAAUAUCAAGAUAUAUAUAGAAGGCAUACAUAGCAAUCCCUCAUGGGGGAGGAAAAAAUAUAUGGAUUUAAGAUGGUAUUUGAGCAUUAUAAUCAAAACAGUACCUUUAUAAAUGACAACCAAGUGUCAACUGAGAUGUCACUUCAUAAUUUGUGUGAUGGAAAAUACGAUGCUGAUUCAUGUACUGCAGAAACCCUGGUAAUAUUUUUAUUAUUUUAUAAGUUAUUUUGAAAAAAUAAAGGCAAGCUAUGAAUCAGUC